CUCAAUCUGAGUCUUGCAGGAGCUACUGCGCUCUUCAAUCGUCAGUCGGAUCUGAAAGCCUCGGUGAAGUUUAUGCGUGACCGAAUGGCACGCCUCUGGCCGGCCUGGACAGAAGGCGUGCAGCAAUAUGCGGUCUUCUUGGCACAACGUGGCUUACCACCGAACAUCAGUCUGACGGGUGGUCCGAAGCUUAAGGUUAUAAAAUAA